AUGGAAGAACUACAAAGACGACUACAUGAAGAAUGGGCUGAAUGGCAGAAUAGUCAUCCUGAAGGAUUUAUCGCAACACCAAAAGAGCCAUCGGAGAAUGGUAGAAUCUAUUGGGAAUGCCGAAUCCCUGGACCACCAAAUACAUCAUGGGUGACGCGUCUAUUUUUGGUCCAUUUGACCUUCCCACGAGAUUAUCCAACUAGCCCACCUCAAUGUGAGUAG